AACUUAUCCGUGAGAUCAUCAUCAUCAUCGUCCUCCUUUCCUAGGUGGGAAAUCAGGACAGGCGAAUCACGAAUCUCCGUUUCUCUCCGAUUCCCCGUUGCCUGUUCAUCCUAUAACCCUUCAAUAACGAUUCACAAUCAAUAAGGGGAUGAUGAUCAACGAUAAAGCCAGGGGCGUGGCAACCAAUGAGCCACCACCUCCACAGCCGUCGCCGUACUAUUACGGCACCUUCCAAGGAGUCGCUAACUAUUGCCCGCCUCCACCGUCGUAUCAUCCCACCAUAGGAUUGCCUCCUCCAGCGCCGCCAAUGUACCCCGGCGCCGGCAAUCCUCAUCUCUAUUAUUCGCUCGGUUAUCAAACAGUUCCAGCUUACACUUAUGCCGAAGGAAGACAUUAUUCGCCUGAACAUCGCCUUCCUUGCUGUGGCCUUGGGAUUGGCUGGUUGUUGUUCUUGAUUGGGUUCUUUCUGGGCUCAAUUCCCUGGUAUAUUGGAGCAUUUAUUCUUAUUUGUGUUGAAGUCGAUUACAGAGAAAAACCUGGCCUUAUUGCAUGCUUGAUAGCUGGCAUCAUUACUGUUGUUGCGGUUACUCCCAUUAUAUCGAUGGCAACUCAUUCAUGGUGAGAUUGAUGCUUGUGGUUGUUGCAGAUUCUGAGUACAUAUAUGUUUGUUUCAAACUGUAAAUGAAUCUCUUCAAUUCAGAUGUUGUCUGGCAGCAACCUUUGUAAUCUAUCUAUCUUCUCUCUUGAAUACUAUUAUACCUGUCUUGGUAAGCUUUUUUUAAUCAUACUUUUUUUAUU